AUGUCCAGUAACUCAAUCCCUCCAACUCCCGCGCUAGAACCCGAAGCUACUGAUAUUUGCAUAGCGUCCCCCAGGGAUUCUCCUUCGCUAUCGUCGAUGUCGACUAUCGUGGUUUCUACCAACUGGAUCCCAAAGUCAAGGCAUUGCACGAUUCCGUCUACUAUUUCCAGGGUCAAAUCAUUCAAGCCGAGGCAACAUCUACCCUCAGUGGUCCCGUGGAUGGCAACAACUACGUUUUCCGCGACGAGUUCAAUUUGACACCCACCAUUUAUAGUCCAUGUGGUGAAGACACGGCAUGCUGAUAAUCUACCUACGUAUCAAAGAUCGAGACUCA